AUGAUUAUAUCAUAUUUUCCAAAAUGUGGUGCUGUUUUAGCCCUCUUUGUCCUGAGUGCUGGUGCACUGGACACUUUUAUCGCUGCAGUGUAUGAGCAUGCUGUUAUGUUACCAAACAGAACAGAAACUCCUGUGCCAAAAGACGAAGCUUUGCUCCUGAUGAGCAGGAAUAUAGAUGUCCUAGAGAAAGCAGUUAAACUGGCAGGUAUUCAGGGUGCACAUAUCAUUGUGACCCCAGAAGAUGGACUUUAUGGCUGAGUCUUCACAAGGGAGACCAUUUAUCCCUAUCUGGAGGAUAUCCCAGAUCCUGAAGUGAACUGGAUUCCAUGUGGAGACCCCCAUAGGUUUGGCCACAGCCCAGUGCAAGAAAGGCUCAGCUGUCUGGCCAAGAACAAUUCUAUCUACAUUGUGGCAAAUAUUGGGGACAAGAAGCCAUGCAAUGCCAGUGACCCUCAGUGUCCCCCUGAUGGUCGUUACCAAUACAACACUGAUGUGGUGUUUGAUUCUGAGGGUAGGCUGGUGGCCCACUACCACAAGUACAAUCUUUUUGCACCUGAAAUUCAAUUUGAUUUCCCCAAGGAUUCAGAACUUGUGACUUUUGACUCUCCCUUUGGGAAGUUUGGCAUUUUCACUUGCUUUGACAUAUUUUCUCAUGACCUAGCUGUGAUGGUGGUGGAAGAGUUUCAGGUUGACAGCAUUCUCUACCCCACGGCCUGGUACAACACGCUGCCCCUCCUCUCGGCGGUCCCCUUCCACUCGGCAUGGGCCCGAGCCCUGGGAGUCAACCUGCUUGCUGCCAAUACCCACAACAUGAGCAUGCACAUGACACACAGUGGAAUCUACUCACCGGAGGCUGUCAAGGUGUAUUACUAUGACAUGGAAACAGAGAGUGGCCAGCUGAUGCUCUCAGAAUUGAAGUCCCGGCCUCGAAGAGAAGCCAUUUACUCUGCAGCUGUUCACUGGAGUGCUUAGGCCAGAGGUGUCAAGCCAUUCUCAUCUGAACGGUUGAGUUUUCCAGGGAUGACUUAUUUUGAUGCGUUCACCUUCACCAAGCUUAAGAGACACACAGGAAAUUACACAGUUUGUCAGAAAGACCUGUGUUGUAACUUAACUUACAAGAUGUCUGAGAAACGAACCAAUGAGGUGUAUGCACUAGGUGCCUUUGACAGACUUCACAUGGUAGAAGGCCAGUAUUACUUACAGGUAUGCACAUUACUGAAGUUUCAAACCACUGACCUGAGAACUUGUGGAGAGCCUGCAGGGUCAGCUUUUACCAAGUUUGAAGAAUUCUCCCUCAGUGGCACAUUUGGAACAAGUUAUGUUUUCCCACAGAUCGUUCUUAGUGGGAGUCAGCUUGCCCCUGAAAGACAUUAUGAGGUAGGAGAAGAUGGACGUCUGCAGAGCCGAGGCGGAGCCCCUUUGCCUUUCUUGGUUCUGGCCCUGUAUGGAAGAGUGUUUGAGAGGGACCCUCCGCGCUUAGGGCAGGGAACUGGGCAACUACCAUGA